AUGGGUGAAGAAAAUGAGAUUAUUGUUAAACCAGCUCUCCCACAGGAACUGCGUUUUUAUGAGGAAGCUGUAUUGCACCCAGAACUUCAGACUUGGAUGCCUGCCUACUACGGUACCCUUACUCUGACACAUCAACAACCCCAGCAGAGUCAGACCAAUGGCCCCACACCAACUAUCAAGGCCAUGAACGGCUACCCCGUCUCAGAUAUGCUGUCGUUUAAACAACAACCAGACCUAGCAGCAAAUGAACAAAGCCAGGAGCUACUUCAUCAUCUGACACGCGAAGAAGGUGCAGAGGCAUUCACAAAGGGCGACAAAGAGGAUGCUGAAUGUCUUUGUCUCGAAAAUGUCUCACAUGGCUUUCAUAAACCAUGUGUCUUGGAUCUCAAGUUGGGCACGCAGCUGUAUGAUGAUGAUGCCACCGAGGAGAAAAAGCAACGGCUGGCUAAAGUGUCCGCUGAGACGACCAGUGCUUCCUUGGGUUUUCGUUUGACAGGCUUUCAGAUUUAUGACAAUGAUAAGAAAGAGUUCAUCAAGUACUCAAAACAUUAUGGCAAAGGUCUAACCAAUGACACAGUCCUGGAUGGGUUCCGAAACUUUUUCGCUGCCAAGCUUGGGCCUCAGAGGAUGCGAUUGGUCAUCGAACGCUUUAUCAGCGAUCUAACCGACAUUCUGGCCACGUUAGAAACUCAAGAGGUCAGGAUGCGAUCCAGCUCAUUGCUAUUGAUGUAUGAAGGGGAGCCUGAUGCCUUUGAUGAAGGCCUGAUGAUGGAACAGGAAAAAAUCGCGAAUGUAGUAGCAAAAGCAAAAGUUCAUCUGGAUCAAACAACUAAUGGCUCAGACAAUGGUCAACACGAUAAUGGUUAUCAAGAAAUGGAUAUCGAUGAAGAUUCAGAGUAUGAUGAAGAUGAUGAGCUGGCUCAGAAGGUAACAGAUUUGAGAUUGAUCGAUUUUGCUCACAGCACUUGGACACCCGGUCAUGGCCCCGAUGAAGGUGUUCUCCUAGGUGUCAGGUCCACGCUCGCACAAUUUGAAAAGCUCUUAACGGUGGACUAUCCUGCUGAAAAUUAA